CCUAACGAAACCACCUCGUCUCAUCGUCAUCUUCUCCAUCAGUCAGUGAGUCGUCAAACUCUCUUAACACAUCCAAUCAUCUCUCUCUCUCUCUCUCUCUCUCUCUCUCUCUCUACCAAUCACUUGCAGAGCAAGCAAGGAAGCACCGGAAAUGACUGACAAAUCCCUCGACGGCGUCACAGCCUCCAACAUCGCCGCCCUCGGAAUCGCACCGGACGUCGCCGACGGACUCCAUGGGAGGAUCGCCGAGGUCGUCCGUAUUUACGGUCCUGCCAAUCCGGACACGUGGCGGCAGAUCUCGACUCGUGUUCUCUCGCCCGACCUCCCCUUCGCCUUCCACCAGAUGCUCUAUCACUCCUGCUUCAACGGCUUCGGACCCGACCCGCCCGCCUGGAUACCUGACCCGGAGGCUGCAAUCUUAACAAAUGUUGGCAAGCUAUUAGAGAGGCGGGGAAAAGAGUUUCUGGGUUCAAGGUAUAAGGAUCCCAUUUCAAAUUUUUCUGAUUUCCAGGAAUUUUCUGUCACAAACCCUGAGGUCUACUGGAGAACAAUAUUCAAUGAGAUGAAUGUAUCUUUUUCAAAUCCUCCGGAAUGUAUUUUCCAUGAGAAUGUGCCAGGAGGAGGGCAGGUUUCACAUCCGGGUGGUCAAUGGCUUCCUGGAGCAUAUGUGAAUCCAGCAAUGAAUUGUUUGAGUGUUAACUCUAAGAGGAGUUUGGAUGAUGCAUCGAUAGUAUGGCGUGAUGAAGGAAAGGAUGAUCUGCCUGUGAACACAAUGACACUUGAGGAAUUGCGUUCAGAAGUUUGGUUAGUAGCUCAUGCGCUUAAAGAACUGGGUUUGGAGAGAGGAUCUGCAAUUGCAAUUGAUAUGCCAAUGCAUGUCCAUUCGGUCGUUAUCUACCUAGCUAUUGUUCUUGCAGGCUAUGUUGUUGUAUCUAUAGCUGAUAGUUUUGCUGCUGGUGAAAUAUCAACAAGACUCAAAAUAUCAAAAGCUAAAGCCAUAUUUACGCAGGAUCUAAUCAUUCGUGGUGAAAAAAGUAUACCCUUAUAUAGGCGAGUUGUGGAAGCUCAGUCUCCGAUGGCAAUUGUAAUUCCUACAAGGGGAUCUAGUUUUAGCACACAAUUACGUCACGGUGAUAUUGGUUGGCAUGAUUUUCUAGAAAGAGUGAAAGAGUUCAAAAAAUGUGAAUUUACUGCUGCAGAGCAACCAGUUGACGCAUUUACAAAUAUCCUCUUCUCAUCUGGAACUACAGGGGACCCAAAGGCAAUACCAUGGACCCAGGCAACUCCUUUUAAAGCUGCCGCAGAUGCAUGGUGCCAUAUGGACAUUCAGAAAGGGGAUGUUGUUGCUUGGCCCACAAAUCUGGGGUGGAUGAUGGGUCCCUGGCUGGUGUAUGCUUCACUGUUAAAUGGGGCUUCUAUUGCACUGUAUAAUGGAUCUCCACUUGGCUCUAGCUUUGCCAAGUUUAUACAGGAUGCUAAAGUAACAAUGUUAGGUGUGAUUCCAAGUAUUGUUCGCACAUGGAAAAGUAUGAAUUCUGUUAGUGGCUAUGAUUGGUCGACCAUCCGUUGCUUUGGCUCUACUGGUGAAGCGUCAAAUGUAGAUGAGUACCUAUGGCUGAUGGGGAGAGCAUGCUACAAGCCUGUUAUCGAGUAUUGUGGCGGUACAGAGAUUGGUGGUGGAUUUGUUACUGGUUCAUUAUUACAGGCUCAGGCCUUGGCUGCUUUUAGCACACCGGCUAUGGGCUGUAGUUUGUUUAUUCUUGGCAGUGAUGGUUAUCCCAUUCCAAAGAACAAACCUGGAAUUGGUGAGUUAGCACUUGGUCCUGUCAUGUUUGGAUCUUCCAUGACUUUGCUGAACGCUGAUCACUAUGAUGUCUAUUUCAAGGGAAUGCCAUUGUGGAAUGGGAAGGUUCUAAGAAGGCACGGAGACAUGUUUGAGAUUACAUCAAGGGGUUACUAUCGUGCACAUGGUCGUGCAGAUGAUACGAUGAAUCUUGGAGGCAUCAAGGUGAGCUCUGUCGAAAUUGAACGCCUCUGCAAUGAAGUCGACAACAGCAUCCUGGAGACUGCUGCCAUCGGAGUGCCGCCUCCUGCUGGUGGACCAGAGCAGUUGGUGAUUGCGGUUGUAUUCAAGGACCCAGAUAGCAACAUAACCACCGACUUGAAUCAAUUAAGGAUGUCUCUCAACUCAGCUGUGCAGAAGAAACUAAAUCCUUUAUUCAGGGUCUCUCGGGUUGUGCCUCUCCAAUCUCUUCCAAGAACAGCAACUAAUAAGGUCAUGAGAAGGAUUUUGCGCCAGCAAUUUGUUCAGCUUGACCAAACUUCUAAGAUGUGAAAUGUUUAUAUAUACACACACACACACAAAGGAAUGACGCCUGUCGUUAAAUGUACAAUAUAUAAUAAGUCGUUAUUUACUGUAAUGAGUAUGUUUUGACUCUAUCACACGUGAAAAUAGAAUGGGGCAAUAAUUUUCUUUUUUUCU